CCCGAUCGAAACCUAGAAUGUAUUUGUGAAAGCUACUUGCUCUCAGUCUGUCUUUCUUCUCCUCCUCCUUCGUAUUUACAUACCGUGGCUGUAUGUGUGCGUGUGGAUGCGUACGUGCGCGCACAUGCAUGUGUGAUUUGUGUACAUAGUGGUGUUUGUUCGGAUUCGAGAAGGUCUUUGGACGCGAAAGGAUACGAUCGAUUGCGAUUAGUGGAACGAGAUAUGACUGUCGCCGGAAAGAGAUUCGUGGACUGCACGGCUUUGGAAAUCGGAAGCAUCGCGGACGCAGAAGAUUCUUCUUAUGAUAGCGACUAUGAUGUUGAAGACCUAAUUCCAUCCGCUAAGGCAGCACAUUCAAAACUAGAUCUACAGGUAUCUGCAUCAAGUCAUUCCGAUUUAUCGAGGACUUCUUCUGAUACUCUGGCAGCAGAAUAUGCUGAAUAUGUAACAACAGGGAGUCCACCUAAUCGAAGUCCUGGAUAUACAGCCAGGGUUGAGUUUGCACUGAAACUUGGAUACACAGAGCGUCUGGUGCAAAUAGCAAUGGAAAAAUUAGGUCCAGAUCCGGAGCAGAAUGAUUUAUUAGCCGAGUUGAUAAAACUUGGGGCCAGCAGUUUACAAAAAUCAGAUGAUAUGUUGGAGGAAUCUGGUAUUGUUUCAGAAAUGCAUUUGACCAAUGAGGAUACUGUCACCAGGUGUACGAGCAGACUUAGACCAAUCGUGAUAGAUGGAAGCAAUGUGGCGAUGAGUCAUGGAAACAAAGAAGUAUUUUCGUGCAGAGGAAUUAAGAUUUGCGUGGAUUGGUUCAAAGCAAGGGGACACAGAGAAAUUACCGUGUUUGUACCGAAAUGGAGAAAAGAGGCCUCUAAAAUUGAUAAUCCAAUCGUCGAUCAAGAAAUUCUCGGGGAGUUAGAACGGGAUCGUUUGCUCGUUUUCACGCCUUCUAGAUUAGUUGGUGGCAAGAGAAUGGUUUGUUACGAUGAUCGUUAUAUUUUGAAGUUGGCGGCGGAGACUGAUGGCAUUGUCGUAAGCAACGAUAAUUAUAGAGAUCUAGCGCAAGAGAAUCUUGAAUUUCGGAAGGUCGUAGAAGAACGAAUCUUAAUGUACACGUUUGUAAACGAUCGUUUCAUGCCUCCAGAUGAUCCGUUAGGUAGAAACGGACCUACUUUAGAGAACUUUUUGAGAACCUUCCCAAAAAAGCCAGAUCCAGCUCCACUUUGUCCAUAUGCGAAAAAGUGCACGUACGGAAAUAAAUGCAAAUUUCAACAUCCGGAAAGGGGUCCUCAUCCACAGAAAUCGGUCACAGAAAAAUUAGUAGAACAUGUGCAAAAACAUCUUCAAGCGAGAAAUUCCAUUUCGAAUCUUUCUUCGCCGAGUAGUAGAUCUCUUAAAACGCAUCAACCACUUUGUAAAAGUAGAUCGACGGUGACUAAUAGUAUCCAGCCGAUAGUAUCAGUUACAAAGAGUAAAUCCGCAGAAAAUGUUGCUGUUGAACAACCGGUAAUUUCUGGCUCGCACGGAACUCAAGCAUUACCGACAAAUUCACAAAGUUUAACUGGAAUGUUUAACCGAGAAAGUAAAUUGAACGUAGAACAUCCUAAUUUACACAGGCAACUUGAAAGACAGUUAACUUUGAAUCCAGUCUAUGAUCCUAGACUUUGUCAGCUGAUGCAGCGUCAACAAGCUUCUCAGACUGGUACACCAUUGCAAUCAACAGCAGCGGCUUCUUCCAGAUGGCAACACAGACCUCUAACUAAACAUUACAGUAAUGAAUUACCUUACAGAGUCGGCGCAAAUCGUGAUCUCUUAGAUGCAAGGCAGUGUCACGAACAUGCAACACGUAUUGCUUCGGCGCCAGAUUCCUAUCAAGCUCUGUCAUACAACAAUUCUAAUACAGCUUCGAGAUUGGAUUCAGAAUUGGGAUCGAAAACGGAAUUAACAUCGGAUCCAGAGGAUUACUUGGGGGUGGAAUCCUGGUUGAUUCCAUGGGGUUGGGAUGAGGAUGCAAGAAGAGAACUGGUGAAAGAAAGAAUAAAAGCAGCAUUGUUCUUGCGAAAUAUGUUCCCUGAUGGAGACAUAAAAGUAGCUAUGCUGUUGCAUCCUUUUGAAACCUGUCCGAUGGAACUCUAUAUCAUUCUGACGAAGUGGUGUAGGCGUCGGCGUCGCAAUCAGUAGGACUUGCAAUAUUUGUUUACUUAUUCAAUUUAUGUUAUUACACAAAUACAUCGAAACAAGUAAUAAUUCUAUAAAAGAAACAAAGUGAAAAUAGAAAAGAUUUUUUUAUUACAUAUUAGAACAAGUUUAUUAUAAAAAUAAAUCGAGAUUUCCCUUACAGCGCCUAACAAAAGUGUUCUACAUGCAAACUAAUGUACAAAUUGGAGUUUUUGACAUAUUAAGUAAAAUUUUUUAUCAUAGAAGAACUAACUUUCUACAAUUCUAGCAUUAGCUGUUCUCACCUAAAAAUGUGUCUACAGAUCGUUUACGACAGAGUGGCAAUUAAAUCUGAUGAAAAUAAUCAAUUUCUUUAUGAGAGUGUAAAGCAGAAGGUACGAUUUUUUUUCUUUUUCAACAGAAGAUGAAAGCUAUAAUCGAAAAUAACAAAAUCAAUUCUUUCUUUUCCCUGCGAAUUUACUAUUAACUGUUUAUGUUUUAAUAUGAGGAUAAGGUGUAUUUAUUUUUAAUAAAGUGCCCGUGUUUUCUAUUAUAA